AUGGCAUCUGUUCAAUGCAGUCCUUCAAUUCUUUACAACCAAAGGCAUAACACAUUAUUUAUAAAAAUCAACCGACCAGAAUCCCUCAAUUCUUUUAACAUGGAGAUGCUCAACACAAUGCAUUAUUUAGUCAAAAAGGCAAAAGAUGAAAAUCUGAACUUGGUUAUCUCUGGUAAGGGCCGAGCCUUAAGUGCAGGAGCUGACAUUGUUACAAUGGCCAAAGGUGAAAUAAACCCUGAGAUGGCAUUUGAGUCUAUUUAUAAAUUAGCAUAUUUUGCGUCAUCAUUACCAACUGAGAGAGUCGCUUUUAUGAAUGGAAUUACGUUUGGAGGAGGUGUUGGGCUGUCUUGGUCAUCCUCUAUUAGAGUUUCUACCCCAAAUACACUAUGGGCUAUGCCUGAGGUGACUAUAGGAUUUGUCCCUGAUAUCGGUGCAUCUUAUCAUUUAAGUAGAAUAAAUCCUCCAGAGCUAGGCUUAUAUUUAUCACUUACAGGAGACAGACUUAAUGGAGUUGAUUGCUAUUUAUUUGGCAUUUCAGAAUAUUUUAUAGAAGAAGAUGUUGAUAAAGUUAUCAAUGAAAUGUAUGAAACAGGGAAUUUAAAGCCAACAUUAGAAAAAUAUCACAGGGAGCCCAAUAAAAAUAAGUCAAAAAUAUGGCCAGAUUUAAAAGACCUGAUAUAUUGUUUUAACACUUAUUUAGGGAUUGAGUAUAUUAUGUAUAGACUAAGAGAACUAGGGACUGAAUGGAGCUUGAAGACUUUGGAAAGGAUGAAAAUUAUUUGUCCAUUAUCAUUAGUAAUUGCACAGGAAUCUUUUAGAAGAGGGAGACAUAUUACUUAUAGGGAGUCUUUUAUCAUGGAAUAUAAUUUAGCAUCCCAACUUAUUCAUCAUAGGGCUGAGAACUUCAGAAAUGCAGUAAAAAAUAAGCUGAUAGCUAAAAGCAAGCAUGGAGUUGGCUGGGUUCCUGAUAAAAUUACUAGUAUAGGUGACACUACAAUAAGACCUUAUUUUCUUAACAAAGAAGGAAGAAAAUUAGAGCUCCCAAGACUUUAA